AUAUGCAGUUACCUUAAUUGAUCAAUUAAAUCAGUUUAAUUAACAACAAUAGGUCUCUAAGAGAUUGUCUAAGAGACUAAUUAAUUAAGAAAAUAUUUCUCUGAGAGCCAUAUUAAAAUUUUUAUGUAACUUCUGGGUUAAUAAAUUCAACAUCCAAGUUUCUUAAAUUUUAUGAAACCUCUUUCCAAGUUUCAUAAAUGUGUAAUUUAUGAAACUGGAUUUAUGAAGACAGGAUAUCCCACUAAAAUAUCAAAAAGGUUUAGCAGAAAGUUCAUCUGAUAAUAGUUGAGCAAAUGGAAAUAACACGAGUGAUCAUACUCCUUACACAGCCACGAUUAUAUGAGUAGCGUUUUAUAAGCACAUUCAUCAAAAUUGUUUCUCACGCGUUCGCUCUGUCAAAAUACAAAUAAAACAACAGAAUAAACAUUAUUUUACGAACACACACAUAUAAUUUGUCAUGUACUUACCAAGUACUUCAAGUGCUUGUAGAAUUUAUUCAAGAGUAGCACUUGCUAAGCUUGCUAUUUACUUGUCAAACUUUCCUCAGGUACUUGCGAGUUACUUGGGCAAGCACUUAGUCAAGUGUUUGACAAGCAGAUUAAUUAGUUCAAAUACUUGAUUUACUUGCGAAAAAAGCCAUGAACGUUGGACAAAACUUGCGAGGGUACUUGGGCAAAUACAUUCACUAGGAUGCUGUUUCGAAUAAUUAUUCGCGACUUUUCUCUUUUCAUUAAGGUGCGUUAUUAUCUAUAUUCACAAUACAAACGAAUAUGAAACUGAUUACGAUGAAAUAGAUAAUGAAUUAAAACAAACGUCAAUUUGGAAAACAUCGGCCUCAUAUCAACUACCAUUUGGUGUUGUAAAUAUCAUAUUUAAUUCAAAUAUUUCGUUAAUUCCAAGUGUAUUACAGAUUCAUUUAUCAAAUAUUUAUUUGACGAUAUAUUUAAAUGAUAUUGAAAAAAAGUUAACUUAUGGAAAAACUGAUACAAAUACAAUAGAAGUAUUAAUCGUCACUAAUGAUAAAAAUACUCAUAACAAACAAAUUGUGAAUAUAGCACCAUAUCUUGGAAUAGAUUUUGGACGAUCAUUCUCUUCACUUACACUUCAAGAUAUUUUUAAUAUGAUCCAACGUUUAUUUCAUAUUGAUUAUGAAUGGCAAUUUUUAAUGUUAGAUGGAUUUCCAUUAAAAUUGAAUUUGAAUGUUGAUUUUGACAUUAAUCAUAAUCUAUUAAAUACGGAUGUUGAAUUCAAAUUCAUUCAAACGCUAAAUUUCAAUGUUUUUAUACGUCUAUUUCAUGGCACACAAUCGAUCGGUACAGGAUUUGAAAUGACUAAUAUUCUGUUCUCAAACAUUAAAUUUAUUGCACAGAUUGCAUCCCAUGCGAAAGAGCACAUGAUUUUUGGUUGGAUACCGGAAAAAGAAAAUAUUCUGUUUAAAAUUGAACGAAACAUCUUUCCACUUAUCGGUGAUCGCUUAAUAAAGCCAAUUAAUCAAAAACGAUUUGUUAACGAGAUAUGUUAUCAAGGAUUGUUAUCGUUAUUUGGCAUGAAAUUAUGUGGAAUGUUGGAAUAUGAAAAAAGUAGUUAUCUACCAACUGCUUGUACGUCUUUGGAUACACACAAACUAGCUUUGCGUGGAUCUAUGCCAUUACCCAAUUAUCUCGAAUUAUCGAUGCCAAACUUAAAUUAUUCGUCGAUUUUAAAUUGGAGCCAAUGUGAGGUAAAUCAAACUGAUUAUAUUAAAUUAGAAUUCAAUUUAAUGAAAAAUGACGAAAGUGUUGUCAAUGGAUCUGGAAAAUAUGUAUUUACUAGUGAUAAUACAACUAAAAUAAAUAAAAAGAAUAAAUUUGGACUGGGAUAUUUAUUAUCAUUAAAAACGAAUUUACUCAGUUUUAAUCAUCAAAAUCAGAUUCGUAAUCUAAUGAAAAUCUGA